AUGUCCGUGAAGCUCGGAUCCGUCCGGGCGGACACGCGAUGCGCCAUCUGCUGGGGCACCCUGAAGAAGGUCAAGGUGGUCUCGCCCUGCCUCCACCGCUUCUGCCAGGGAUGCAUCGAGGAGCACCUCCGCAAGCUCAACCAUCACUGCCCCACGUGCAGGCUGCACGUGCCGUCCCGCCGCGCCCUCCGCGACGAUCCGGGCUUCGACGCCAUCGUCCACGCGCUCUACGCCAACGUCCCGGACUACGACCUGCAGGAGAACGCGUACAGCGCGAGCGUGGCGCAGGUGAAGAAGGGCGAGGACGCCGAGGAGAAGGAGCGCGAGCGCGAGGCCAAGCGGCGUCGCAAGGAAGAGGCCGCGGCGCUCCGCGAGAAGAUGAAGGCGGAGGAGGCUGAGCGACGCGCGCGGGCGAGGGCAGAGGCGGAGGUCGCCGCCGCCGCCGCCGCCGAGCAGCGCGCGAGGCAGCUCGCGGAGCGGGAGGCUGCGGAGGCGCACGCGGCGGCGGUCGCCGCCGCGAAGGCCGCGGCGACCGCGCAGUCCGCCGGACCGGAGCCGCACGCACACGUGGGGGGCGCAGCCGGCGACGACGACGACGCACAGCUGGCGCCGGCGAAGAGGCCGGUGGGCCGGCCGCGAUCGACCCAACGGGGGGAGGCCAAGGCGACGAGUUUCAAGGCGACGGGAAACUCGGUGCAGGUGGUGGCCGCCUUCUCGGACGACUUCGCGGGGCUGUACGCGUCCAGGGCGGUGGACGACAGGGCCCGCGCGGAGCUGGACGCGGAGGGUGGGACCGGCGCGGGCAUCUUGACGUACAAUGUGGAGCUGCGGGGCGCGCCCUUUGCCGAUUCCAGGACGCCGCCCGUACUUCCCUCGCCGCACGUCUCCGUGCCCGCGGGGGCGACGCUCGGGGUGGUCAAGAAGAUCGUGGGUUCGCAGUGCGGGUGCAGUCACACGCGCGUGAUGAUCUUCGGCGGCGAGCCGGGCGCCGAGGUUGUGCUGGACGCGAGCACCGCCCUCAGGACGGCGCUGUGGCCGCAACUGAACGGCCGGAACGGUUCGAACGAGCUCGUGUUGCUCUACGCGCUGCAGUGA